AAAGGUACCAAAUUUUAUUGUUACGCAGGUUCCAAUUUAGUAUAAAUAGGUGUGAUAUUUUGUGGACAAACCAGUUGUGUGGUCGAUUCGGAUCUUAAAACUGAUAUCAAGAUGAAAUUCCUGGUCGUUGUCGGAGUAUUGGUUUGCGGAGCCCUCUCCCAACCUCUUGAUGCCAUCACCGGCGGUGCUAGCAGUGAGGUCUCUGAAGUAGGUUCAACAGCCGGCGAAGUCACCAACGGCGGCGCACUCGGAGGUCUUGGAGGACUCGGAGGUGCUGGAGGACUCGGUGGUGCUGGAGGACUCGGUGGUGCUGGAGGACUCGGAGGUGUCGGAGGACUCGGUGGUGCUGGAGGACUCGGAGGUGUCGGAGGACUCGGUGGUGCUGGAGGACUCGGAGGUGUCGCAGGACUCGGUGGUGCUGGAGGACUCGGUGGUGCUGGAGGACUCGGAGGUGCUGGAGGACUCGGAGGUGCUGGAGGACUCGGUGGUGCUGGAGGACUAGGCGGCGGUGCGAUCGGAGCUGGAUCCGGUUCCGAAACGAAAUCUAUAUCCAAAUCUUUAACUGGGACCGAUGACAAAUCAAAAUCUAUAAGUGCUAACGCGGUAACUGAUUCUGGCAAAGCUGAUGGGUCUGGUACAGUAGCGUCUGGUGAUAAAGCUGCAGUAGAAACUGGUGCAGCUGCUGCCAAUGGCACUGCUAACGGUUCAGGAGCUGCAAAUGGUGCAGUAGAAACUGGUGCAGUUGGUGCCUCUGGCGCUGUUGCAGGAAACGGUUCUGGCGCGGGAGCUGCAAGUGCUACUGGUAGUGGUACUGGUGGGGCAGUAGAAACAGGUGCAGCUGCUGCCAAUGGCACUGCUAACGCUGCAAGAGCUGCAGCUGCAAAUGCUGCUAGUUCUCAGAUAUACGGAUCUGCAGCUACCGCUGAAUUAUAUGCUAGACCCGGAUCAGGUAGCGCGGCUGGUGCUAGUACUUCCUCUGCUAGUAACACAGGUUCAGCCGGAUCCGGUGAACUUGUAUUUAUUUUAGAAUCAGAAUUAAAUGCUACUGAUGGUGCAGUAGAAACUGGUGCAGCUGCUGCCAAUGGCACUGCUAACGCUGCCAAAGCUGCAGCUGCAAAUGCUGCUAGUUCUCAGAUAUACGGAUCUGGCGGAUACGGAUCUGCAGCUACCGCUGAAUUAUAUGCUAGACCCGGAUCAGGUAGCGCAGCUUCUGCUAGUGCUUCCUCUUCUAGUAACACAGGUUCAGCCGGAUCCGGUGAAAUUAUAUAUAUUGAAGAAUCAGAAUUAAAUGCAACUGGUGGUGCAGUGAGAGCCACUACCGCUGGGCCUUGUGUUGGCCCUUAUGGAGCCGGAGCAGGAAGCGCAGCUGUUAGAUCUUCCACUUCUACUAGCUCAGGUCUAGCGGCUAGAUCCGGUCCAAAUUCAGGAUUAACUGCUUCUGCAUCAGUAGUAGAAUCAGGCUCUUUAGCUAGUACCGCAGCUUUAGGCACCUCUGCUGCGAUUAGCGCUGAAAAAGGUGCUAUUAAUGCAUCUGGUACCAUCCCUACUUUCAGUAUUUCUGAUGAUGGGUCAGAAUCGUUACCUGUAGCUAGCACUUUACCUAUAUGUGGAUUAUCUGGAUCCGUGAAGUCAGAGAAGAGUGAGGCGCCCACUGGAUUACUGGACUUGGCUACAAUUGAAAAUGCUGCUUCUGGUGCUCUCAAUUCUGGUGGUGGUGUCGGUGGUGCUACCAACGUCGCUGACAAAGUGACCGGUGGUCUUUCCGGCGCUGAAAGUCUUGAAGCCGCCGUCUAAAUACCAAGUGGUGAAGAUUUAAAUUCCGCAUUAAAAGAAAAUUAGCUUCAAAUUUUGAAAAAACUUAGUAAAUUACCUGGACAUGUUGUAAAAUCAGUACAUUAUCUAUAUAAAUAAAAUAAAUAUAUCGCAUUGCUA